GGGGGCGCGGCCUGCUCCGGGCCCUGGCGGUGCCUCUCGCGGCCUCUGCGGGCGUCCGGGGCAGCGGCGUUGGCGGCUGGAACGAUGCUGGGCCCCCGUCGCCUCCCCUGGGUCGUCCUGACCGCGGCCGUCACCUGUGCCCUGGCGCAGCACGCGCCGCCGUGGACAGAAGACUGCAGAAAAUCAACCUAUCCUCCUUCAGGACCAACCUAUAGGGGGCCGGUUCCAUGGUACACCGUCAAUCUGGAUUUACCACCCUACAAAAGAUGGCAGGAGCUAAUGACUCACAAGGCACCCAUGCUAAAGAUUCUAGUGAAUUCCCUGAAGAAUGUAGUAAAUGCAUUUGUGCCAAGUGGAAAAGUUAUAGAGAUGGUGGAUCAAAAAUUGCCUGAACUACUUGGCAACUUUCCUGGCCCUUUUGAAGAGGAAAUGAAGGGAAUUGCAGCUGUUACUGAUAUACCUUUAGGAGAAAUUAUUUCUUUCAAUAUUUUUUAUGAAUUUUUUACCAUUUGUACUUCAGUAAUAACAGAAGACAAAGAAGGUCAUCUACUACAUGGGAGAAACAUGGAUUUUGGAGUAUUUCUUGGGUGGAAUGUAAAUAAUAAUACCUGGGUUGUAACUGAGGAACUGAAACCUUUAACAGUGAAUCUGGACUUCCAAAGAAAUAACAAAACUGUCUUCAAGGCUUCAAGCUUCGCUGGCUAUGUGGGCAUGUUAACAGGAUUCAAACCAGGACUGUUUAGUCUUACACUUAAUGAACGUUUCAGUAUAAAUGGCGGUUAUCUGGGUGUCCUAGAAUGGCUUUUGGGAAAGAAAGAUGCCAUGUGGAUAGGGUUUAUCACUAGAUCAGUUCUGGAAAACAGCACAAGUUAUGAAGAAGCCAAGAAUAUAUUGACCAAGACCAAGAUAAUGGCCCCAGCAUAUUUCAUUCUGGGAGGCAAUCAGUCUGGGGAGGGUUGUGUGAUCACACGAAACAGAAAAGAAUCUUUGGACGUAUAUGAACUUGAUCCUAAGCAUGGUAGAUGGUAUGUGGUACAAACAAAUUAUGAUCGUUGGAAAAAUCCCUUCUUCCUUGAUGAUCGCAGAACACCUGCAAAGAUGUGUCUAAACCACACAACCCAAGAGAAUGUCUCAAUUGAAACCUUAUAUGACGUCCUGUCAACAAAACCUGUCCUCAACAAGCUGACUGUAUUCACAACCUUGAUAGAUGUUACCAAAGGUCGAUAUGAAACUUACCUGCGGGAUUGCCCAGACCCAUGUAUAGGUUGGUGAGCACCCAUUCAGCCUACAUAAUGGCACUGAGAGAUGAAGACGUGAUCUGAAUGUGGCCGAUGAGUGCAGCCGUCUGAUCUUUUUCCAAAGACUGAGACUUAGGGCAGGUUCUCUUUGAGUCAUGAGCUUAUCCCCUUCUAUAUGUUUAUAAUUUACAGAGUAUUUUGCCCUAAUAAUUGAUUUUUCUUAUUUAUAGAUAACUUCUUUAAGUGAAGUAAAACAAUCUUCUAGAAUUUGCACAGUUUCAUUUCACUUUGACAGAUGGGGAUGGGGAUGGGCAAUUAAACCAAUGUGGGAUCCACUUCUAUGGAAUAAAUCAAGAUUAUCUUUGGGUGUUUAAUCUAGUACAUCUGUGUGAGUAAUGUAAAAGUAAAUAGUCCACUCUCUACUUUUAUCUACAUGUUUAUGUUUUUCUAUAUAGCAGUCUUUUCCUUAUAGUUCUAACUACUAAAAUUAAUAUACCAUUGUUUUUGCUGUUAGUGACAGCAAUACAAUUUCACUACAUUUGAUUGGGGGAUGACACAGACAUUCAACUGUAUAUUUCUUUCAAUGGGCCGUAAAUGGGCCUUUGACUCUAAAUAGUACUUUUUGGGGUUCAUGAAGUAAUCAGUAUGGAAGGCAGACUUCUAUACUAAGAAUUGAAGUGUUCCCUUUUUCAUAAUUACUCUACCUCCCAGUAACCCCAGAAAGCUGCUAACUUCAAAAACAGUCCCAGGUUGUGAAUUUAAGUAAAUAUGUCAAAGAUUUGUAAAAAAAAUAGGAGGUAAACCCAUUACUUUAAAUUCUCAUAAGUAUCCAUUCAUUUAAUAAAUAGAUUUUUAGUGUGUCCUUCUGAUCAACAUUUUUUUUAAAAAAAAACUUUUUUUAGUACAGCUAUUAAAAAGUUUUUCAGAAAACAGUCUAUUUAUGAAAAGUGCCAAUAGAACUUGUUAGCCUUUCUAACUUUCACAAUGAACUGUGAAAUGUAUGCCACUUGUGGAAGAUUAUAUCCACUUAAGUUUGUAUAAUCUGUUGUAUUCACGACUCUCAAUAAACAGCCACUGGAAAUACUGCCAGUCAGCACUCAUGCAUGCUGA